AAAUUCCAAAAUAAGUGCCUGCUUUAAGACCAUUGGGAGACAAAUUCAAGGGGUUAGUAAGCAACAUGAGCUGCUGGUUGGGGACCAUUGGGUUAGAGGAUUUCCCUGGAAGUUCCACUAGAGAUGAUCCAGGUCAAUUAAAGGGAAGUGACAUCCUGCCACGUUUGUCCUCAGAUGGGAGUGUGCGUAAUACACUCUGCAAGUGAAUAUUGCUGUGACCACUUAUUUAUUUUGUGUGCUAAAUACAUUUUUGUUAUUGGUUCAACAACACCUGCAUCCAGAAAUCCUGUUUGUGCAGCUGAGAGACCCCAGUAUCCAUCAUCCAGUGUGCCAUUUAAACCAGCCAGGUUGCUAAGGGUAAAGGAGCUGCGAUCAUCCAUGGCUACCCUACUACACAAAGUAGACCUGGAACACCAUCUUGUGACUUCUGGUUGGUACAUGAGGGACACUAAAGCCAGUUCUUUGAAUGAUGUUUUGAGAUGGAAGGAAUCGUUCAGUCAUCUACUCAGGAGCAAAGAAGGGCGCUCCACUUUCCAUGGCUUCUUGCAGACAGAAUUUAGUGAGGAAAACCUGGAGUUCUGGGAGGCCUGUGAAGACUACAAGAAGACUCGAUGGGUAAAAAGGCUCCCCAGUAAAGCUCAAGGCAUCUUCCAGGAAUUCUUACUGAUUGGCAGUCCCAAAGAGGUCAAUAUUGACCAUCGGGCCAGAGAACUUAUUUAUCAGAAAAUGGCGGUUCCAUGUAGAAACUGCUUUGAUGCAGCACAAGAGCAGAUACGUAUAUUAAUGGAGAAAGACUCAUACCCACGCUUCCUUAAAUCGCCAAUCUACACCAAGCUACUGAAACAGGCCUCUCAAAGAACAGCGUCCUUCACGUGAGAAGCAACUUGAUCAUAGAAGAAAGUGACAGCGCAGAGGCCCAGAGCUGAAUGGAGGAAUUGUGAGUCAGGAGUAUAAAUCAACUGGUACUGAGAGUUACAGUCUGAUACCCGACUAAGGAAACAGAAAAUCCAUGUAACUGCUCAGCAAUAUGCAGUGGAUACUGAACAAAAAUGGACAGUAGAAAUGAAUGUAUUGUAGAUCCAAAUGGUGUCAGCAGGGAAACCCAUUGCUCUUACUGGAUAAGUUCUUCUUAUUACAAAGGCAACAUACUCUUGGGACUGCCAUGAAUUCAUAUUACCCUAGGGGUAUAUAUGUACAUAGAGCAACAGGGGAAAGGGACUUCCAUGAUAUGUGGUAUGCAUUGCUGCUUGUUUUCUGGAUCCCAGAUUUUCUUCACUCCUAAUAUAAUGUUGGCGGGUGGGGUUUGGUCAGAUUUUAUGUGGGAUUUGGCAUAAUGGGGCAUGGUUAGGGCAUGAUUACGGCAUGUAAGGGGAGUGGCUAUGAAUGCAUGGAGACAUUUUUUGCCAUAGGGACCCCAUGCUACUUGUUGGCAGGGCUCACUGACCAUGGUGUUGUGGGCUAUAAAUUGGGACCCCCCCCAAUGGGAACUUAGUAUGGGGCCACUUGAUUACUGAUGGUGACCCUGCAUUUUAUUAUUGGCAUGUACUAAGUUAGAGGAAUGUCAGACUUGUUCAUGCUUGGAUGUAUGGAGCCAGCCAUAAAAUAACCCAAUAAUAAAACUAAAAUACAAGGCUGGAAAUAUUGUUUGCUGUGUGCAUGCGUUGGUAACACAUUUUCUUCAGGCUUUACCCUUUUUAAGCCACCCACCCCUUCAAACAUUCACACAUUCCAGGACCCACCAACACACAAUCUUUAGUCAUUUAAAUAGUACUGUAUAAUUAUAAAUAAAUAAUUAUCUGUUGUUUUUUUUCUUGUGUGUUGGCUCACAUGUGCCCCUUGUGUUUUUAUCUGUAUAUGAAACUUUGACACAAGGGAAAGAUUUAGCCACAGAAGUAAUGCUGAGCCUUAACACAACCCAAACCUUAAAUAGAUUAAAGAGCAAAUAAAAAUGAUUUUAGGUUCAUAAUGUUUCAGACCCUGGCCCCGCAUGUUAAGUGGCAAUAGGUGAAAUAUAUUUUUUGGGGGAGGGAGCAAGUGAAGUGUGAUAUUUUCAUAUUUUCUGUCCUCCAAUGCUUUUGAUAAUUGUCUGCAUGUCUGACACUACUGCCCACUUGGAUUGUGUUGGAGAUGGACAUCUACAAUAAAAAGGUUAUUCGUUUC